AUGGUUUUCGCCUGGUCACGUUAUUUUUCGUUAUUGUCGUUUACAGAAAUGAUGAUGUCGGUUUUCAAGGUGGCAGCGAUCAUUCUGCUGCUGACAUUUUCAUCGGUCAGUUUCGCUCGUUCGAACGUCGGGAGUUGGGAAGUCUGCGGUGGACGAUUGGAACGUGCCCUAGAUGCACUUCACAAAGACUCGAGCAGAAGGAAAGGACUCGAAGAAGAGGAAGCGGGAAUGUUUUACCAGCAGAAACUCCGUUCUGUACCGCUUGAGAUGUCAGUCUCCCGGAUUGCUGUUAAACUGCCGCAAGGAGCUAGAAACACCGGAAAUCCAUGGGCCAGAGUUGAGAAAUGCAUUUACGAGCCUGGCAACAAUUCUCUUCAGACUCGAGUAAUGCUCAAUGAUCUGUCCGUUUCUGGGAUGGUUUCGUUAAUGCCGCGUGAUCAUCAACCACCUAUACCAGCCGAGUCUUGCACGAUGACUCUAAGAUUACGACGAGCAGGUGUUGAUUUUAUGACAAGUCCAAUCGCUCGAGGCAGAGGACAAAUGCGUAUUCGAACGGAAUCCAGUUUCUUAGAGCCCAGAUUCGCUUCCAUCUACGCUUAUGGUUGUCACCCUACGCGUUUAGACAAACAGAUUAAGAGACAAGACAAAUGGCCUCCUUUCUAUCCACCUCGAGGCGAGUAUGCGCUUCUAUCUUUAACACUGAACGACGACUACGAAGCAGCGGAACCACGUCAGUUGGCGGGUGUUUCAAAGGAAGUGGACGUUGUCAUACCGAAUGAAACGCGCCAGUCCCGUGUCGUGAGCGCGCCCAUUGCGAAAUUAGGAAUAUGGAGAAAAAACGUUUGGCUGACUAAGUCUCUGCCAAGGGAGAAGCGUGCCCUGGUCAAAUCCGGCGUUGUCGCAAGUUCUUCGGGCGUUCGUCGCUUUCCAGGAUCUUUCGAAAGUGGCCAGGAAGCCAGCAGUCAUUCCACAAAGAUAUCCGCACGAUCUGCAGAGACGAUUACCCCUCAAGAUUUCGCAACAGCUUUGAUCAGCAAGUGGUCAAAAAGCAACGAAACCGGCAACUGCACCGAACAACAUCAACGAACGAAACAAAGCGGCUUAAACAAUGUAACUAAGAUCCUUCCGAGGAACUUGGAGGACAGUGAAUUAAAGGCGAACGUUAAGAGAGAAAAUAGCUAUCAGAUGAGUGAAAACGACGCGCCAAAAGAGACCAGACAUUUGUACAUUGAUGAAACAUUAGACAAUAUUUUUCCAAUUGAUUUGGAGAAUGAUAGUAGAAACUGGCAGUCGAAGGAACACAUUGCCAGAGAAAUGGAGGAUGUGUUCUUACGCGGUGCCAGCCAGGCCUUGACCAGAUACAUUGAGAAACAGCUACACCCUGCUAUUAAAGAAACACUUAUGAUUUCUAUGGGAUAUACAAUCAGUUAUGGAUAGUGCUGUUCUCUCUUAACGCUGCUAUGGUCCACAAAUUCUUACAUUUUAGUUUUACACUUUGUUUAGCAAAAAUGAUUCAUAGUUCUUUAAGGUGUUUAUAACAUAAAAUUUAAUUGAUAAUUUAGAAAUUGUAAAAAAUUGUAUUAACAAGAAUCUUUUCACAUUUCACUUAAGCUUGAGAUAUUUUCAAAUUUUGAAGAAAUACAAAUGAGUUGAAAGUAACUGAAAGAACACAGGAAUUAGUAGGAAUUUGUUGAUAUAAAAUUUUUAGGAAAUUUGCGUAGAUAUAAUAGAAAUUCAUGCAAACACAAUAUUGUUGCAACUUUAAUUUCUAGUCUUUAACGUUGAUAUCUAGAAAAGUGAAAUUAUAAAGAUUUUACUUUGAAAUUUUGUCCUUUUAAAUAAAUCAAAUUGAAAUGUUGCUCAUUCUUUUUGUGAUUAAUGUAUGCACUUCUUAGAUCCAAUUGUGAAUCAUGAAUUAUUACAAGUGUUUGUAGUAAUUAAAAGAAAAUUGUAAUAUAAUAAAGGAAAUACCAAUUAAGAGAAAAAAAAAUAGACAAAAAUACACUUAUUAUAGCAGAAUUAAUUGACAAUUAUAAUUGUAUUUUAUUGGUUUUUACUAACUUUAUUAAAUAAAUUAAAUUUAAGUGAAA